AUGCUGAAAUUAGGGUUUAGGUUAUCGAUUGGCAUUCAACAUCGCGUGUUCGUUAUUCCAUGGAUAAAGAGCCACUCGGCGCCGGCGAGAAUCUUGUGUUCAGAGAAGCGGGACUACAGUUCGUCGGGACUGAGUAAGUAUGUUCCAAAGAAGUCUCGGAAGACUAGUGAAGAAUUGACAUAUCAGCCUGUUGAUAUUUCUGAGAUAGGCAUAGAUGCUAGUAUAUUGGGAUCUGAAGCUAAGGCUAGAGAUGGCACAUUUUUGGAUCUGCAAGAGGAAAACGAUGCUGGAAGUUACAUGAACGAGUCUUUUGAUGACUCUAAUGAAGGUGUGAUGAGUUUGGAGAAGGGUAUAAAUGCUAGUAGAUGGGAUCAUAGUGUAUUCGGGUCUAAAAUGAAGGGUAACUUCAAAGAGGCUGGAGAAGGCACAGUUUCGCGCUUGCAGGAUAAAAACAAUGCUGGAAUGUCAAGCAGUGUGUCAACUGAUGACGAAUCUAGUGAAGAGUUGGAAGAAAGCCGCGACGAUGUUAGAUCGAGAGGGUAUAUGUCGAAGGUACAACACAAAAAAGUCUUUGAUGAAGUCAAACUACAUAUGGAAGCUGAGAAGGCCAAGAGUAGCGGAGAAGCUUGCAAAACUACGCAAGAGGCAGAGAAUAUGGCUAUUCGUUAUCUUGGUUUAAGAGCAUAUACAGCAGUUGAGCUGAAGAAGAAACUCAUUGGAAAGAAAUAUCCUAACGAAAUCGCUGACCGAGUGAUCAAUGAUUUUCAGAAUCGAGGUUUUAUCAAUGAUAGCUUGUACGCAGAGUCAUUCUCUCGAUCGAGAUGGUCUUCCUUAAGUUGGGGACCUAGGCGGAUCAAACAAGCAUUGUAUCAGAAAGGCAUAAGCAACAAAGACUCAGAGGCGGCCAUAAAGCUGGUUUUUGAGAAAGGACAAUGCGGGGAAGAAGAUGAAGAACCAGAAACGAAGCAUGGGAUGUCCAAGGAAGCAGUGGAUCAGCUUUAUGUUCAGGCGUCGAAGCGGUGGCACCAAGGCCGAGACUUGCCUAUAGAAAAUCGUAAAGCUAGAGUUAUCCGGUGGCUUCAGUACCGGGGUUUCAACUGGGGCGUCGUUUCCCAGCUUCUCAAGAGGUUAGAAUCUCAGCAGUCUUGA